AUGUCAACCUCUGCCGAUCUGCGAUCCGUGGACCCCGUGCCCUCCAACUACGAAAAGGCCGCACAAUUGAACAGCAGAAAGCCCGGCACCAACGAGCCCGCUACACCCAGCGCAGAGCCUAAGAAACCACUGCCCGCCAACAACAGCUGGCUGUACCACCUGUUGACAGGCACCCAAAAGUACUCGGCGUUCCUGUUCACCGCCUUCCUGGGCCUACAUGCCACCACCGUGAUUGUGGCGCCGCUUUUCGGCAUGGACGCCGCCAACAAGACCUUGUCCUUCACAAGAGCCAUCUACCAUGCCCCCUACGCCGAAAGUAUUCUGGUGUACGGAGCCAUUGUGGCCCACCUGCUAUCCGGAUGGGGUCUGCGAAUCCGAAAGAUGGUCCACGACUACCAAAAGUACGGAGAGCUCAAGGCCUCCAAAUACAUCUCCAAGAUUUCACUCACAGGCAUGAUGUUCACCCCCAUCAUUGCCGGACACAUUGCCGUCACCCGACUGGUGCCACUCUACGUCUCCGGCGACUCGUCCUACGUGUCUCUGGACUACAUUGGCCACCUGGCCGACCACCACAGACUGCUGGGCAACUUUGCACUGUUUGGCAUUGCUACUAUCACCGGUCUGCACGUGAGCGCCGGCCUCAAGAAGUUCCUCAACGUGAAGUCCACCUGGGCCAAGAACCUCUUUAAAUACGGCCUGUACGCAUACUUUGCUGCCACCGUGGGAGCCAUCAUUCAGUACAACAGAAUGGGUCCCACCGUCGGGUUCGUCGGCGAUCUCUACAACCAGUACAUUGCCGUGUACAUGCCUUUCUAG